AAUUGCUUGGAUCUCUCUUCACCUUUUUCACAUUUUCACGGACAGGACAUGAAAUGGGUUGAGUUUUAAAGGGUUUCCUAUCAGUUCAACUCCACCCGGAGCCUUCCAAAAUGCCCAGGUCAUCCCUGCUGGUGAAAAACGCUGAUCUCUACGAAGAUGUCAACUCAACCGAAGAACCGGCCUCCUUAAUGAGAAACCAAACAAGCCAGGAAAGCUGGCCUGAAGACACUUCCCUUGGCGUGGGGACCCUCUGCACUAUUUACGCAGCCUACGCCGCCAUCAUUUCCAUGGGUCUUCUAGGGAACAUCAUCCUGGUCAAAGUCUUCUUCAAGAUCAAAUCCAUGCAGACGGUGCCCAAUAUCUUCAUUACCAGCCUGGCUUUCGGGGACCUGCUCCUUCUGUUGACCUGCGUGCCGGUGGACGCUGCCUGUUACGUUGUGGAUACGUGGUUGUUCGGACGAGUCGGCUGUAAGCUUCUGUCUUUUAUUCAGCGAACCUCCGUGGGGGUAUCUGUAUUCACGCUCACGGUCCUCAGUGCUGACAGGUACAAGGCGAUUGUGAAACCUUUGGAGCUCCACUCGGAUGCCGUUCUGAAGACCUGCUGCAAAGUGGCUUGCAUCUGGAUUGUCUCCAUGUUACUGGCCACUCCGGAAGCCGUAUCUUCCGAUCUCUACACUUUCCACCUGCCUGAGAAGAACACCACCCUCGAAACCUGCGCCCCGUAUCCCGUCUCUGAACAGGUCCUGCAGGAAGUCCACUCGCUGCUCUGCUUCUUGAUCUUCUACAUCUUACCCCUAGCCAUCAUAUCUAUCUACUACUUCCUGAUUGCCAAGACCCUCUACAAAAGCACGUCCAGUAUGCCCGCAGAAGAGCAAGGCCACGCCCGUAAACAGAUUGAAUCCCGGAAGCGAGUGGCCAAAACCGUGCUGGUUUUAGUCGGCUUGUUCGCCUUCUGCUGGCUACCCAACCACAUCCUCUACCUGUACCGUUCAUUCACCUACCACACUUCCAUAGACACGUCCGCUUUCCAUCUGGUGGCCACCAUCUUCUCCCGGGCGUUGGCCUUCAGCAAUUCCUGCGUCAACCCCUUCGCUCUCUACUGGCUGAGCAAAAGCUUCCGCCAACAUUUCAAGAAGGAAAUCUCGUGUUGCAAAGCCAAGAUGCCCGUCAGAAGGGCCAGCCUCACACAGACCCACACCCCGAGCAGAGCCAUGUCGGUUACGGGCUCAGAAAUCAGUGUCACGUUGCUCACGGAUUACAGCAUCACCAAAGAAGAGGAGAGCGUUUAAUUGUGCUUCGGGAUCGUCGUCCCGCUAGAUCUACUGGCAAGAUCCAGAGGUUUGCUGAAGGUAAAGGAGAGCUUCUUGCCCUCGGCAGAAAUCUUCCCAAUGCAUCCUACGAUCUCACACCUCGGCAUCACAGAACUUGGCUGCAAGUCGCAGCCAUCUGCUUCACACAUGCACAUCCCCACGUGGUUUUCCUCCCAAGCUGCCCUCCCAGGCAUGUUCAACUUAAUUCAAAACCCUGCAUAUUCCCUUGGCCCUUGCAAGGAGAAAGCAAGAACUUUAAAUUUGCUUUAAAUUGGGGUACAGAACAUUGGAAGCUGCGUAGGAAGGAAAGGAUGACCUGUUAUCUGGCGGCUGCAGGAAGAGAAAAGGCCUGGCUAACAGCUCAAAUAGCAUUAAGAGAAUCCCAGAGUCGGAAGAUUUGAUUUGAUUACGUUUGUAUGCUGCCCUA